GAGACGCGUGAACAGAUACUCGAAGAAAUUAAAAUUCAAGGCGAUUUAGUUAGAAAACUUAAAGCAGCCAAGGAAACCAAGGAAAGGGUUUAAAGAAAUCGGCGCGUUAACUUGAUUGAUUUCAAAAACGAAAGAAAAUAAAUCUCAAUAAAGGUUUAAUUAUGCUGAUAUUGAGUAAAAUUAAACAAAGCUAAAAAAUCUAAAUAAGUUAACAAAAAGUAUAGAAUCGUCAAUAAAUUAGCAUAAAAGAGGAAGAAAAAAUGUUGCGUUCGAUUGGCCGUCAAACUGCAUAUUUUAUUGGUCAAACAAAAUGUCGGUCAAUACCCACAAAUUGGUCUGCAAUUGUGUGUAAAAAUUCUAGCCGCGACGAACAUAAAUUCGGGUCCGCUGUUCAACAACCGUGCCGUCACUGCGCCACCAGCCAUAAGGUGGGGCAAUGCGAAAGUGCUUCGACUAAUGAAAAUUCACAUAGAAAAAAGAAAAAUUACACAAACACAAUCAACAGCAAUAAUGAGACUGAGGGUGAGGCCACUCUGCUAGCACAACAACUGGCACAGAUCGAUGAAGAGGUCGCACAUUUGUUGGCCUUGAAGGCUAAACUCGGCGAUGGGCCGGCGACACCACAAAAGUUUACGCUGAAAACGCCAAAAGGUACACGUGACUACUCACCACAGCAGAUGAUGCUGCGGCAGGGGGUUUUGGAUAAGAUUAUCGCUGUUUUCAAGAAGCACGGCGGUGAGGCCAUUGAUACGCCUGUGUUUGAGUUGAAGGAGGUGCUCACUGGCAAAUAUGGCGAAGAUUCAAAACUUAUAUACGAUCUCAAAGAUCAAGGUGGUGAAAUUUUGUCGUUGCGCUAUGACUUAACCGUUCCGUUAGCACGUUAUCUGGCCAUGAGUAAGAUUUCUACAUUAAAACGGUACCACAUAGCCAAAGUGUAUCGCCGUGAUAAUCCCGCGAUGACACGUGGUCGUUAUCGUGAAUUCUACCAAUGCGAUUUUGAUAUUGCCGGCACCUUUGAUCCCAUGCUGCCUGACGCUGAAUGCGUCAAAAUUGUUUCUGAGGUGUUGGAUACGUUAGAUAUUGGCGAAUAUGUGAUUAAAAUCAAUCACAGGCAAUUGCUGGACGGUAUGUUUGAGGCUUGUGGCGUGCCAGCUGAUAAGUUCCGCACCAUUUGCUCGGCUGUUGAUAAGCUGGACAAGUCACCCUGGAACGAUGUGCGUAAGGAAAUGAUCGAAGAGAAGGGGUUAGAUGCCAGUGCUGCUGAUAAGAUUGGUGAAUAUGUACGACUUAAUGGCGGUAUUGAGCUUGUUUCCCAAUUAUUAGCUGAUGAAAAGCUGAAAGCCGUACCUAGCGCUGUGAAAGGUUUAGAGAAUAUGCAGUUACUGCUCAAGUAUUGCGAUGCAAUGGGUUUAUCGCCAAAGAUUAGCUUCGAUUUGAGUUUAGCACGCGGUCUCGACUAUUACACCGGUGUUAUUUAUGAAUGUGUGCUAAAAGCCGAGCCGAAGAUUGUCCAGAAUGGUGCUGAUGCAGUGGAAGAGCAAGGCGCUGUUGGUUCAGUGGCCGGCGGUGGUCGUUAUGACAACCUUGUCGGCAUGUUCGAUCCCAAAGGCAAACAGGUGCCUUGUGUUGGUGUCUCUAUUGGCGUGGAACGUAUUUUUUCCGUAUUGGAAGCUAAAAACGUUGCAGCUGGUAUUAAGACACGCACUAACGAUGUCGAGGUUUAUGUAGCUUCUGCUCACAAAGGUUUGCACGAGAAGCGCUUGAGUAUUUUGAACAGUCUGUGGGAUCAAGGCAUUAAGGCUGAACACUCUUACAAACUCAACCCCAAAUUGUUGGUUCAACUACAAUAUUGUGAAGAGAAUCAAAUACCUUUCGCCGUGGUCUUUGGUGAUUCGGAGCUGACAAAGGGUAUUGUGAAGUUACGUGAAGUGAAAACGCGGAAAGAGGAUGAGGUGCCACUGACCGAAUUGGGAAAUGAAAUAAAAAAGCGCUUACGCAAUUAAAAUGUUCUUGGCUACACUCGUGAUUACUAUAAGACAGGCUUACAAUAGAUUCAAUUAUUUAUUUAUCACAAAUUAUCUGAUAAUUACAAUAUAUAAAUUAAACAAAUGAAACAUCAUAAAACACAUUAAUAGGCGAAUACCGUGAUUAAUAUAAAUAUAAUACGAAUGAUUAAAUAAAAAUGCAUUUAAUGGGCUUCAAA